CAAUGUGUACUUUAUCACCUAGCUUUAUCAAUCUAAUCGUCCUCUUCCAAUAAUUCAGCUCAGCACUAUUGGUUAUCUAUUGUCCUUCAUUUUCACUCAUUCCCUCUUUUCUUGUGUUCGUUCUAUUUGAUCAUCAUCAUAUCGUAGUGACCUAACAGAUACUGUUUCUUGUCAUUGUCUAAUGGAGAAAACAACAACCACCACCACCACCAAAUUGAUCGGAACCACACUAUCACUCUUAUGUUCACUUUUCAUGUCUUCCGACCCACCGUUGUUGUCUGAACUCCCGUUCGAACUAGUGGCAGAGAUUCUAUGCAGGCUCCCUGUCAUGUUCCUCCUACAACUACGAUGCCUCAGUAAGUUCUUCAAUACCCUUAUUUCUGAUCCAAAGUUCGCUAAGAAACACCUUCGCUUAUCAACCACGCGCCACUUGAUCUUAUCCUACGCCGAUAUUCAUGAUCAUUCGAGGUUAAUCUCUUACCCACUUCACUCCACUUUUCACCAAUGUGAUUCCAUUUUUAACUCUGUAACCGUUAAACCUACCCAAAUACGCUAUCCUUUUAACAAACAAUACAAUAAUAUCGUUGGCUCUUGCCAUGGUAUCCUUUGUUUGACUAGGAAACAAAGCAUGCAUGAUAAACGAAAUAAUGUUCUUUUGUGGAACCUUUCGAUUAGAAAAUUCAAAAUAUUGCCUUCUUUCAAAAGUCCACCAAACUCUCGUCCUACUUUAUAUGGUUUUGGCUAUGAUCAUGUAACUAAUGUUUACAAAGUCCUUGCCGUUUUUUCCUGUGAUUUUGGUAAUAUGGUUUUCAAAGCUCAAGGAAUGGUUCAUACUUUAGGUACUAAUUCUUGGAGAAUGAUUAACGGGGAGUUACCUCUUCCAGAUAAUCGUUAUGAAUCACUGAAAUUUGUGAGUGGUGCUCUUCAUUGGAUUGCAUAUAGGGAUAAUAACCACAGUGUUGUUUCUUUUAAUUUGGGGAUUGAGUCUUACGGAAAAUUUUUGCCUCCUAAUUAUGGAGGGGAAGAUGUGCAUAAUGUUAUCUUAGGUGCUCGAGGGAUUGUUUGUGUAUCUUUGCGCGUAGUCCCACGUUUUCUAGUGUUUGGCUGAUGAAGGAAUAUGGAAAUGAAGAAUCUUGGACUAAAUUGUUUCGUAUUCCUUACAUAAAAGGUCCUUUCCAUAAUCCAUAUACCAAGCCACUAUGGAUUUCUGAGGAUGACCAAGUGCUAAUCGAUUAUACAUCAUUCGAGAGAAUAAAUUUGGCCGUUUAUGAUUUCAAAAACGGUACUUUUAAAAAACUCUUGAUGCAAGACAUCAAGUGUUGGAUUACCUCUGAAGUUUGUGUUGAGAGUUUGAUAUCACCUUGUUUCUAAUGUGAUACCAAUGUGGUGCUAUAUCGCCUGUACUUUAGACUCAAUUGCAACUUAUAUGCUAAUUUCCUUUGAUGUUAUUUAUUUUAUACUUAUUCUAAUUACGAGUGACUUUAUUUAUCAUUGUUAAUUAAUGUUGUAUUGAAUAUGUAGCUUUGAGAAAUCGCAAUGUUAGAUUCCUUGACUCUCCA